AGCGGGGGCAGAGGGAAACCGGCGAUCACUGUCACACAAGGCAAGAGAGCGACAGAAUCGCUUCAGCUGCACCUGCACUAUUUCAGCCCUGCCAACAGGCCGUACCGUUUCUCCAUGGACUCAGACGCCAGCCUGGGCUCUAGCCGAGCCUCCUCCCCGGAGACAGAUGACCUGUUCCUACACUCACGGAAAGGCUUCUCUGGCGCAGUGUCUUCCUCCACUAUGAGCGACUCCCCCGCGGAGCUGAGUGCGGAGCUCCGUAACGCCAUGGCUAUGGCUGCGGCAGCGGGCGACAAGUUGGGCGCGUUUAAAGCUGCUGCAGCGGCCGCAGCGGCUGUCGCGGCCAAGAAGGACAAGAAGCAGAUGAACGAGUGCGAGUUGCAGCAGCUGAGGCUGAAGAUUAACAGCCGGGAGCGCAAGCGAAUGCACGAUCUGAAUAUCGCCAUGGACGGGCUGCGGGAGGUGAUGCCCUACGCACACGGGCCCUCGGUGCGCAAACUAUCAAAGAUCGCAACGCUGCUACUAGCGCGCAAUUACAUCCUGAUGCUAAACAACUCGCUGGAGGAGAUGAAGCGCCUGGUCAGUGAGAUCUACGGGGGGCACCACCACCAUGCGGCCGCCGCAGCCGCAGCAGCAGCCGCCUACCAUCCCUCGGCCUGCGGGGGGAUGAGCCAUGGGGCCCCCUUGCCCGGACACCCAGUGGCCCACCACCCUCUCCUGCCCACCCCAGCCUCCCUGGCAGCUUCCAGCCUCUCUGGGGUGAGGGCAGCACCCCCACCGCCUCCACCCCCUCCUGCCCCACCUGCCUCCCAUCCAUCUUCCCACGGUUUGCUGAAGUCUCCCAGUCCGGGGGCGCUGGGUGGGGGGUUCCCCCAUUGGAGCGGAAUGCCCUGUCCGUGCAGUAUGUGCCAAGUGCCCGCCAGUGCCCAUCACCAUCUGAGCAGCGCCACCCUGUCCCGGCUCAGCGCAGAUACCAAGUGACUGCCCCAUUCCCGCCUAUGUACAGAAAGGGUGGGCUUCUAGCGAACUGGGCUAGCGGAUACAGGGAUCCCUAUUGGGGGGUCCGGACUGCUCGGUAUACAGAGACCUGUGCGGGAAAGACUGGGGGGCUUGUGUACAUACAACCCCAUUCACCCCCCUGGCCCAGGUACAAAGGAUCAGCACAGACAGAGCUGGCAAGGGACAAUGAGAACUGGCUACUUGGCAUCACUUUGUGGCUACAGGACCGUUGCCAGGGAAACAAUAAGAACUUGUUACUUUGUAUCACUCUGUGGCUUCAGGUCGGUUGCCAGGGAAACAAUAAGAACUUGUGACUGUGUAUCACUAUAGAAGGUACCCCAACCGGGGUAAAAGUGUCGGGGUGAUAGUGCCAGGGCUCUUGGUGCCUGAAUGCAGGUCUGGGGGGGGGGGGGCACGGCUCCCCUCGCUUUUGCCUUGAUUUCUUAAUAGAUUAUAUUGCGGGGGGGGGGGGUCUGGUUGGCACUUUGGUUUUGCUGUUGGCUAUGGAAUUGGCUAUUGGAUGCCAAUCACCUCUCACCCAGCAGAGCUCAGUAAAGGAGCAGUAAUGUCCCUCCACAGUAACUGUAGCUACGGAUUGGCAUUCCUGUUUUCAAAGAGGUCCGGUAGCUGAGGGGUAUGAAUUUGGGGGGCGCUUUGGCCAAUUAGAUGUUCAGUUGACCCCCUGGUUGUCUCACAUUAUCCUGCAUUUAUUGUUUCAUGUGAUAUAGAUUCUGGCAACCAUUAGACUUAUUUAACUGCCCAUUGGUUCUACAGGCCCUCAGGGGGCACAGAAUGGCAUAGGUGCCUUAUUGCCCUCUGGUACCCAAUCAGCCUUCAACUCCCAGGCACCUAAUCCUUAUCUGCCCCUCCCUUACCCUGACAGCUUUCAUGGUUUAACUAUUGAAGCCUUGGGGUUCCCUGGCAGGUAUGCCCCAUGCCCCUACAGAAUGGACUGUGGCCACUAGACAGGAUGGCGGGCAACCAACUGCCACUGAGUUCAGCCAAGCAAACACUAACUGGCGCUUAUGGGGCCAAUAGGAGCGGCACAAAGAGCCCUUACACCUGCCAUCAGUUAGUGACCGGGGCAGCUGCACCCUGCCCCACUUUACUCUAACAGCCAAACUCUUACUGCUGAAGCAGGGGGUCAUCUGCCCAACUCCCAGCAUCCUCUGCUGCUGUUAUGCUCUAUUAUUGUACAGUAUAUCAAUAUUCCAUCUUUAGUUUUUGAACUUGAUUUAGUUGUAGGUCAAAAACAAAGGGGGGGGGGGGUUCCAUUCUGCCCACUUGCAGCAGGGACGUACCAUAGUUGGGGAGGGCAGGGGUAUCAGAUUAGCAUCGCUGGCUCUGCCAUCACAUACAAUAAAUGACCCCCUCUGGGAUCCUGAUUGCAGAAAGAGGAGUCAAUGAACCAUAGAGGAAUAUCCAAUGAGGCAGAGCUGGGAGACCCCCAAUGAGCCAAUGAGACACAAGCAGCUGAGGGGGCACAGUGUCAUUUUCUUGCCGCUUGUGAGACACAUCAAAGGAUUUCCCCACAUAAAGUGAGAUGAAGCGGCCCCCCUGCAGGCAAGGCUUGGCUCCCAGUAAGUCACACUCCGAGACCACCCCAGUGACAGACCCACAGGCCUCCUUUACAUUCACAGAUCAUAGGCAACCCUUGCCACUCCGACUCUUGUUCCACUACAAUGAUUUCUAUGGAUGCUGGGAGUUGUAGUUCUGCUUCAGGCGGCGGCCCAAGGUUUAUCCCAUUUCCACCUGCUUAUUUACACUUCCCAGCUGCCUCUGCUCACAACUAACAACCCUGCCUUCACCCCUUGAAUUCAUGUGGCCCCACAUUUCUUUAUUAUAAACCCCCUCCCUCCCCACAAUAAACGAAAAAAUAAACAGUAAAUCGUGUAAUGUUUCGUAGCCCAGUGAAUCCGAUAGCAGCAGUCUAAUAUACUAUAAUAUUGUAUCUAAAUGUAUCACUAGGAAUGAUAUUACUGUGUUAUUCUCAUUAACACCCCCCCCCCGUGUUUGUUUAAUUAUCUCUUUUCUUUCGUUAUAAAUGUGGAUUCUGGUUCGCUAUUUUUAUACUGCCUGACAAAAGAAUAUUUGUAAAUAAGAUUGAAAUGCUCGUCCUUGGCGCACUUGUACAGAAUGCCUUACACUCCGCCGCUAAUUCUCUGUAAAUGUCGCUAUAAUAACGGAACCCUUUCCUUCCACCUGUCACUGCCUUCCAACAUUCAGCCCCAGCUCUGUUCCAUCACUGCCCAGAUAUAUUCUCAUCUGUUUAUUUUUGUACAAAAUAUGAAAGCGUGCUAAAAAAUAUUUAUUACUUUAUUUGGUUUUUGACAAAAAAAAACUCAACGAUGGUUGAAAGUUUGAAUAAAUACUUUUAAAUAAACGAAAGUGACCGAUUUA